AUGACGGAUCUGAAAAUAUUAUACCGUAACGAAGACUUCGUCGUAGUGGACAAGCCUGUCGAUAUUGCGAUAAACGCAUGGGACGACGAGAAACACCCAGUCACAGUCGCUUCGAUACUCAAGGGGAUCAUACCGGAAUGCGCGGAUCCCUCGGUGAAAUACAAUUUCCGCUUCGUUCACCGUCUCGAUUUCAGCACCUCGGGGACCUUGUGCAUAGCUCUCAACAAAAAAGCAGCUUCGGAUCUCACGAAGUCUUUCGAAUCCCGUCAUAUCGAUAAAACGUAUAUAGCCUUACUGAUGGGACGCUUAGAUAAAGAAGUCACGGUCGAAAAGCCAAUCGGGCAACAUCGACGGAAGCCGCACAAAAUGGUACCGAAUACAGAUCCGAAUUGUGUCGAACAAACGGUGCGUGACGCGAAGACGCAGUUCACACCCGUCCGCUACGGAUUCUUCUUGGACACUCCGGUAACGAAAGUACAAAUUAAACUGUUCACCGGAAGGCGACAUCAGAUCCGCGUGCACGCCUUGACGCUCGGCCAUCCGAUUUUCGGUGAUUACACGUAUACCGGUGCCGAAGAGCACGCUAGGAUGUAUCUGCAUGCGAAAAAACUGCGUAUUCCGUAUAGAGGAGACACGGUAGAAGUCGAAAGCCCAAUCGACUUCGAUCUCGACACCGUUCUCGAAGUUUAUUCGUGA